UUUUUGAGCCCACCAACUGUGAUACUUCCAAACUUGCUUUCUGCUGCCCAAGAUGCCUUCCUUAAAAAAAUUGAGACUUGUAAUGGGAUCUGAAUCUCCUAAUUCGACACAACCUUCAACCCAAUUGCCCAAUGCUUCUACAGUUCCUCCAUCCGAUGAUGUCACUUCUUCCUCAAACGAUUUACAAGACAGAAUUGUCAUGUUGGAGAACCAACUUUUGUAUGAACAGGGUGCCAAUAUCAAACUUAACUCUACAAUCAAUUAUCUUCUACUGAAUGAUGGAAAACUUCCAAAAAUCUUUCCUUCUUAUUCGGUUCAAACCGACACCACUGAUCUGUAUAUAAAUAAAAAACACUCCGCCCUUAAUUCCAACACUUCAAAGAGACUUUCCAGCUACCAAUUGUCUGAAAAUUUAAAGAUAAACAGAAAUUUAGACCAAAUGAACUUCCAAAACAACUUUUUGAAUGAAUUUAACAUUGAUAAAUUUCCAAAUACAAACCUUAAUGUGACCUCUGCUUGCUCAAUUUCAACUGAAAAUAGCGCUUUGUCGGAACAUGAUUUAAUAUCGUUUUACCAAUCCUCAAAUCAAAAUUUCAAUCAAAAAAUCCAGGAAAAGAUCCAAGAAAAUAAUAAACUAAAAAUCAAAAAUGAAAAUCUUCAAUCCACAAAUAACCAAUUGAAAAAUGACUUAUCAAAAUAUAAGUCAAUUGUCUCUUCAAAUAAAAAUAUAAACAUCUCUCAUAUUGAUUGUGUCCAUAAUAACUUGUCAAUACCUGAUUUAAACCAUAUAGACGAUUUAACUGAUUUUAAAAAUAUAAAUGAAUUGCAAUGUGAACUCUCUUGCGCUGAAAAUGUCUCUUACUCCACAAAAAUCUUUGACGAAGCUGAAUUAAAUUACAAGGAUUUAUAUGACGACCCCACAAGAUCUUUCUUAAAAAUAGGCGUCAAUGUGUUUAACAAUUAUGAAGCCCUAAGGUUAUUAGAUUAUCUUGCUGCCGUUGAAAAUUAUGGCAAAUUCAACAAAAAUUUAAGAUAUAAAAAUACUCAACUAAUAAAAGAGUUUGCAAACCAAAAAUAUACUUUUGUUGGUAAUGAAUAUCAACUUAAACCUGAAGAACAGGCCUUUAUCAAAUUGAUCAAUGUCAAUAAUCCCAAUAAUUCCAAUAAUCCCAUUCUUCAAAACUCGGAUCUUCAAAAGUCUGAUCCUUCCAACUCAUCUUCGAAUAAUAAAGCAACAAAUAUCAACUCUAAUUCCUCUAGCAAUACCACCCCCAAUAACAAUUCCAAUACAAAUAUAAAUCGAACUUCUGCCAAUAAUUCUUCAAAUCAAUGGCAGAACUCUUCGUCCACUAAAAAUCUACAAUACUUUACUAAUACUAAAUUUCAAAGAAAAAAACUUGCUUUAAAACUAGAUGACAUUGAAAAUUAUAUUCUUUCCAAUUAAAGAUCCUUUUCAAAUAAAAUAAAAUAAAAUAAAAUAAAAUAAAAUAAAAAGCUAACCCUAUUUUCUAUUUUAAACUGUUUUUCUGUUCUAAUGAUUUAUUUUGGAUUCAUUUUUAUUUUUUUCACUAUUUUAACCU